GCUUUUGAAAAGAUGAAGGAGGUAAGCUUAUGUUUGUUUGUAUUUGUUUAUACAUUGGCUGACAUAAUAUGCAUGUGCAGGUGCUUGUUAAAAAGCCAAAAAGAAUUGCAUAUGAAGCUGAUGAAGGCAGCGUAGAAGAGCAAGUGGAGAAUGUCAUGAGCCACAUUUACAAGAGUCUGCGCAUCUGGCAAAAGACAACAAUUGUUUCAGAAGCCUUUUAUGUAGAAAUUGUCAAGAUCAUCAUGAACUUUAUUUUUGAUGAUACUAAUUUACAAAUUGUGAGCGGUGAAAAUUGCAGCAACUCAACAAAACACAUCCGCUCAAUAAACGAAGCUCUAUACGGCUCACACCCAAAUGGAAGAGUAACAACAACAACAACAACAAAUAAUCUCUGUGGAUGCGAAGUCGAUAUGAUGAUUGCCACAGACAAGGAAGUUGAACUCGCGGCCUUCGAAUUCAAGAAAAAAUCGGACACUUCAAAAGACGCAAUAUACCAAGAGAGUAAGAGUGUCCGAAUCAAUGUUUCUAUUGAGGAGGUCUUGCGUUGUUUUAGUGGCAAAAUCAACACACACAUGGGAAUGGAUUGGUGUGUAUUAGGUCCAAAUGGAUACACUUAUAUUGUAAGAGAAUACGAAGGCGUUUACGUGGCAAAAAAAGUAAAAGACUUGAAGCUCCCCUUCACGAAAGAUGAGCUCCUAUCCAAUCAUACUAAGGAGCUUAUACUUUCGUUGUACGAGCUCAAGUACUUUUACUUAGAAUAUAGCAAAAAGCUGCCAAACGACCUGAGUAAGAAGAUGCUGAACUCAGCCCAAGUCAGCAUUAUACCCACCAUCGUUCACUCGCCAAAAAUAAAGAGUAGUUCAAUCUAAAGCAUUAAGGAUAUUUGAAAGUAGUUGCUUUUAUAUUAUUUUUUUGUUUUCAAAAGACUCUGAUAUUAGUACCGUUGUAAUCAAGGUCUUAAAAAAGGGCAUCUUUUUUAGGAUAA